AUGCGGUGCCGCCGCCGCCGCCUGGCCGGGCUCUGCCUGGCGCUGCUCUGCGCCGCCGCCGCCGCCUGCCUGGGAGCCGCCGCGGCGCCCCGGUCGCUGCCGGCCGCCUCCGCCGCCCCCGGCAUAGCGGGGGCCAAGCGGGCCGGCGGCGUCGACCCCCGCGACGCCUGGACGCUGCUGGUGAAGCGCUCCGAGAGCGGCAAGGCGCGGGACAGGGCCAAGGGCAAGAAGGGGCAGGUCGGCAUGCCAGGCGCUCCCGGUCCCCAGGGCCCCCCUGGGGUGCAAAUGACAGCAGAGGAGCUGCUGAGGGAACUGCAGCGCCUGCUCAAAGGCACAGCAAAGGAGCAGCAGAAGAUAAGCACGAAGGCCUGUGAAGGGCGCGAGGAAGACAAGGCAAGUGGUGAAGACAACAUCCUGGCCUUCGUCCCCAGCCCCUUGGCAAGGAACGGGCCUCAUCGCGUGGAAGCAGCCUUCCACUGCCGGACCCGUAGAAACAUCUCUGUGGAGCAGAGAUCGCUGCAGGAGCUGCAGAUCUACUACAUACCUGAGACAGAAGGGAUGUUCCACCGUGGCCUGGGGCUGAACCUGACCAGCGGCCAGUACACAGCACCCGUCACAGGCUACUACACCUUCACAGCCACCCUACAUAUCGUGCACAAAGACCACCAGAGGAAGGGGCAGCAAUGCGCUCGAAAUCGCCUGCGGGUGCUGAUCUGCGUGCAGUCCCUCUGCCAGCACGACAGCUCUCUGGAGACAGUGUCCCGGCUGGAGAGCAGCGGCAACCUCUUCACCGUCUCCGUCAAUGGAGUCCUGUACCUGCAGGCUGGGCAGUACGCCUCUGUUUUCGUAGACAACGCUGCACACUCUCCCCUCACUGUUCAAAGUGGCUCAGAUUUCAGCGCUGUCCUGCUGGGGGUGUGAAAAGGCUCAGGGCACUGCACACGCAUCCAAGCCUCUCUGCCAGGACCCAUGAGACCCUUCAGUCUGCCAACAACAGCUCCACCUCCCCUUCUCACCGCCAGGCCCAGGAAAGACCUUCCGCUACAGCAGGAGCAGUCAGCUGGCCAGAGCCUACCACAGGACCCAGCCAUCUGAAGCCAGAAUUGUCGGUGAGGAAAGGAAAAUAAAUAAAUAAAUAACCCCCCAAAACUCGCAAUGAACUAGAGUUCACUUUAAUCUAAAGGCUAGGGCUGGAAGUUUAUCCUGAAAAGCAAUGUUGAUGACUUCU